AUGAACCUCUUCAGAGGAAGGAGAGUAAUUGUUGUUGGAAGAUUAGAUAGUCCAGUGGCGCGACCACAUAUCUAUCGCCCACGAAGACUUAAUAGCCCUUAUAAAUCUAAAACUACAGUUCAAUCUAAAAUUGACCCAGAAUGGGUAAAAGGACUAGAGAAUCGCAGAGUUGAUGCAGAGACCAAGCUUGCAGAGGCUGCUCUUAUUAUGGCAGAGUCUACGCGAGCACAAGCCGAAGCAGCUAAGGUGCAAGCAGAUACGAUGCGAUCUCUUGUUGCGGGGCCGUUUACUGUAAUUGUCUAUAUGUUAUACAUAUAUAAUGCAUGGUGUAGACUGUACACAAAAUUAUUCGCUAUGGAGUUACGAGUACGUUGCGGUUUGCGAGUGGUUUUUCGAACAUGCGUCCUAAAAUUUUAUAUGAAUAUG